AUGACCGAUCACCACUACAAGUAUACCUAUUUUGAUUUGGGAGGCAGAGGAGAGGUAACUCGUCAACUCUUCGCCCUGGCUGGUAUUCCGUUUGAAGAUAUUCGGAUCAAAUGGGAGAACAAAGAGGAGUGGGAAGCAUUGAAAGCAGACACUCCUUUCGGCCAAUUGCCCACUCUCGAAAUCGAUGGUGGAGAGAAAAUGGCUCAAUCUAGAGCGAUCAAUCGGUAUCUGGGACGAAAGUUUGGAUUUGCUGGAACAAAUGAUUUUGAAGCAUUUCAAAUCGACGAAUUCGAAGACGCGAUGACUGACUAUUUUGGGGAACAAGCCGGAUUUUUUGCGGCACUUGUUGGCGAGGGACCUGGGGAUAAAGAUCAACUCUACAAAAGCCAUUUCGAGCCGGCGAGAGACAAAUUCUUUCCGAUUGUCAUUGAGAGAUAUUUGAAACGAUCGAACAGCGAGUUUUUGACUUCGAAAAUCUCGUACGCUGAUUUGCGGCUGGCGAUUCAUGUGAGCGGCUUCGAGAAACUCGUUCCCCAUUGCUUUGACAAAUAUCCACAGAUCAUUGCGCACAAAGAGCGCAUCGAGGCAAUCCCGGAAAUCAAAAAAUGGCUCGAGACACGCCCGAAGAAACUUUAU